CAGAUAAGUUAAAAUAUUGGCCUUUCAGAACAAAUAACUCAGACCUCUACACGCUUCAAUAAUUAACUCUUUGUUUAUUUUUUUUUAAGAGAAGUACAUCAGAAAACAAGUGUUAUCAAAGAAAUGGCACAAAGCUUUGCAGAAAGAAGCAAAGAAACAUUGUUACCCAGUAAAGGAUAUUCAGACAACAGAGGAUUUGGUCGCCAUGAAGGUUGUUGGCAAAGGUUUUUUCUAUCUAUUUGUGACAGAGUUGCCAAAUCUUGUAGUGAGUUUCAACAAACUGCACUCAAGGCGUAUGAAAUGGGUUGGUCUGAUCCAAGAAAAGUGGUGUUUGCAGCUAAAAUGGGUCUUACUCUCUCCUUUGUUUCACUUCUCAUUUUCUUCAGAGAACCAUUGCAUUAUAUUGGUCAAUACUCUAUAUGGGCCAUCCUCACCGUUGUUGUAGUAUUUGAUUUUAGCAUAGGGGCUACGCUAAAUAAAGGAUUUAAUCGUGCACUUGGGACAUUAUCCGCUGGAGCACUAGCUUUGGGCAUUGCUGAAUUGUCAGAGUUGGUAGGACAAUUGCAAGAAGUUGUAAUUGUUCUCAGCAUCUUUAUUGCAGGAUUUUGUGCAACUUAUUUGAAGUUGUACCCUCCAAUGAAGUCUUAUGAAUAUGGAUUCCGGGUUUUCUUGUUGACCUUCUGUAUUGUAUUGGUUUCUGGAAGUUCACAUUUUGUUCAAACAGCCGUUUCUAGAUUGCUGUUAAUUGCAGUUGGAGCUGGUGUUUGUUUACUUGUAAAUAUUUGUGUUUACCCAAUAUGGGCCGGUGAGGAUUUGCACAAAUUGGUGGUGAAAAAUUUUAAGGGAGUUGCAAAUUCCUUGGAAGGUUGUGUCAAUAUGUAUUUGCAAUCUAUUGAAUAUACUAGGAUACCGUCGAAAAUUCUUCUCUAUCAAGCUUCAGACGAUCCUUUAUAUAGUGGAUAUAGAGCCGUAUUGGAAUCUACAAGCCAAGAGGAUUCUCUGCUUGGUUUUGCAGAAUGGGAGCCACCACAUGGACCUUACAAAAUGUUCAAUUAUCCUUGGAGUGCAUAUGUUAAAGCUAGUGGCGCUCUUAGGCAUUGUACAUUCAUGGUUAUGGCAAUGCAUGGAAGUAUACUUUCCGAGAUAGGGGCAUCAUCUGAAUUAAGGCAGGUUUUUAAGAACGAGAUUCGGAGGGUAGGGAAUGAAGGAGCUAAAGUGUUACGCCUGCUGGGAGAAAAAGUAGAAAGAAUGGAAAAACUCGGCCCUGGAGACCUUCUUCAGGAGGUUCAUAAAGCUGCAGAAGAUCUGCAAAUGAUGAUUGACCAAAAAUCUUAUCUUUUGGUCAGUCCAGAGAGAUGGGAAAGUGGAAAUCGACCCGACACAUUGGAAGAUCCUGAACACAUUCAAGAACUGAAAGAUAAUGAGCACCAACCUUCUGUGGUAAAUUCUCCAAGUGAAUCAACUCUCAACCUAAAAUCAACUGAGACAUUGAGAGACUAUGAUCCUCACGACCCGUACAUGAGCAGUAAUCUUCCCGUUUCCCAGUGUGUUUCUAGAGAAAAUGUGCUCAAACAUCAGACAAUGUGGCCUUCACGACUCUCAUUGAUAGGUGAUAACAUUCUCAAUGAACGUGAAUUACAGACAUAUGAAAGUGCAAGUGCAUUAUCACUGGCAACAUUCACUUCUUUGUUGAUAGAGUUUGUUGCAAGGCUUCAGAAUCUCGUAAACUCAUUUGAAGAACUCAGUGAGAAAGCGAAAUUCAAGGAUCCAGUAGACAUAAUUGAUACACCGGUUGUUGGUAUCUGGACACGGUUGUUCAAGUUCAUAUGCUGCAAGGACUGAGGUGGUCUUCCUUUUCAUACUUAUAUUCGAGUAAAAAAUGGAAGAAUGAAUACAUCAAGAUAUACUAUACAUGAGCAGAAUUUCACUUGCCAAAAGGAAGACUUACCAAGCACCCAUAGAUAAGAGGAUCGAAGCAUACUGCACAAAAAAUUGAAGGAUUGAACUUGAAAACAGGUAUAAAGAAAGAAAGAACCAAGAAUGGAUCUAGUUGGGAACCAAGCUCUCUGAAUACUAAGAUGAUUAUAUGUUUCUUAAUUUGUUCAUCUAUGAGGAAAGGAUUUAAAGUGCAUUCAUUUUUAUUCAGAAGAUAUUUAAA